GACCACAGACGGUGCUAACGUUACCAUUACCGUUAGAGGAAACUUGUUAUCAGUGCUUUAGUAUUAUCGCUCUUAAGUCUUAACACCACCCUUUUUGGAUACAUUUUUACUCGGUCGUCUUGGUGUCAGUUAUAAUGGACUCUGGUUUUUGUAUCGAGACCGGUUAAAACCGUUGUUCGCAUCGUUUUUGUUAUUGAAUGGGAAACUUUCUCCUAUCUUCGAAUCCAACCAUUAACGUAACCAUGUCAAAGAUGAAUGCUUUGCUGGAAGAUGGAUUCACGUCAGAGAUGAUGCUCCAGCAGCACCUGAACGGUCUGAAAGAGGCCCUGAUUCAACAGCUGCAGGAGACAGAAAAGAAACACAUACAGGAGUUAGAGAAGAAGCUCUAUGAGAACGAUCUCCUGUCAACAGAUGAACAACUAGAGUACAGUGAUAAAAAACAAGUGAACUGUAACACCAAACAUGCGGGAACGAGGAGAUACAUCCCUUCAUCUGCCCUGACCUCACACAAAGACACUGCACAUCAACACAGGCCUAAUUCUUCUUCUUCAGCCUGGUUACCUUCAACAAAGUGGAAACAUUAUUUCAUGAAGGCUUCCACGCUGACCCCCACCAAGGCACAACGGUGUGUCCGAGCGGCUUCACUGAAAACCACACAGAUGAGCAUGGAGGAGGAGGCCGUGGCUGAAUGUCAGAAGAAGUUCUGUGCUCUCCCGGUUCCCAGCCAUGUCAACCAGUCCCUCUUUAAGGAGAUGAUGGAGCUGAGAAAGAAAAAGAGGGAACUCGGUCAUGAGGAGAGGAAGAAUUUAUUGCUCUCCAUGCAAAAACCUUUCAGUUUCCAGAGAGAAACAGAGAGAGAAAUGGAGAAAUUCGAGAUGCUGAUAGCAACGUUAAACCAAGACUCGCCGGAACAGGGAAACAAGAUAUCUACUAUCAGGAAACGUCGUCAAAAAAUGGAGAAGGACUGGCUAGAGUCUGCGCUGAAAGACCUGGAAGAGGUUUGCAGUCCAGUGCGGACUCAAACGACCGGGCGACAGUGUAAGUCCUCUGCAUACUGCAACCCAAAACUUCGCACUGCUGAGCGCACCAGGAAGGAGAAGCUGGGCUUCCUGGACGAGAGGCCGAGCUUCCAGCCAAAAAUCAUCCAGCAGGUCCCUGAUUUCAGCAGGUUGCACAAGGCUUUGCAGACAGAGGCGCUGAGAAAAACUCCGGCUAAAGACAUGACCAAGUGUCAGCCCUUCUCCCUCAGAACGUCAGCUCUCGCUCAGCGGCAGAAAAAAAUGAGCCCUGAAAAAUCCCAGGAACCAAAAAUAAACUAUGUCAGGAGAAGUAAGUCACUCGGGACCUUAACAUCACUGUCCACAGACACACUUCCCACGUACAUCACUGAUGCUGUGAGGAUGCGCGGCUUGGCCAUCAGAAAAUCAAUGGAGGUCAGGGAAAGUAAGAAUCAAGAGAGUGUGAAUUGGUUUAGCAAGUACCAAAUGAGGUCCCAGGCCAUCAAGAAGAGUGUCGACCUUCACGCAAAGUCCCUGGAUCCACACGUCAGCUUGAAACAAGUGUUCGAAGACAAACUGAAGCACCAUAUGAUGGCUGACCAGCAAAGGAUGCAAGAGUACAAGAAGGUGUUACACGGCAUGAAGGCACGAGUCGGCGACCGCCCUUAUUUGUUCGAACAGGUGAAGCAGCGAAAUGCGAAGGCCCACGCCGAGCAGACGUACAGGAACAUGCUGAAGAAAGCGGGCUUCACGGAGCAAUUCGUCGAGGAGAAAGGCGGAGCGAGUGAGGACGCAUCGGCCUCGUCCAGAUCUGAGGAAGACACCGAUGACAAUGAGCUCAUCAAUGAAAACUACAUUCUUGGAAGGGAAGAGAAUGUGGACGACGGGGAGAAAAUUGAAGAUGUGGAAGAGGAGAGCGUGAAGUCCUAAAGAGAAGAAAGUGCCAUGAUCAGAGGGUUUUUUUUUUUUUUUUUGGUGGCUUUUCCACCAGAAAACAACACCGUCCUCAAAAAAUGAUUAAUGUCACGGCUAACCUUACCCGCACCAAGCGUUUGAUAGUUUGAGAAGUGCAUGUGCAAUUUAUGAGAUUGAACUUUGACAGCCACAAAUAUUAGGGAUUAGUAUAUAGUUGAGCAUUUUUUAACAUCCUUUUAAAUUCAUACACAUUGAGACGCGCGUGUUUGCGACAUGAAUUUGUCUUGUGCCGAGCCUGUUACAAAAUAUCCAAUAAAUGUACAUCAUUUACUUGGCU